AUGCGGGAUGGCCCGCUCUGGUACCUUAGCAGGAGGCGUCAGACCUGCGCUGACACCACAGUGUCCUAUGUCCUCACGAUAGAAGGGAGGCCGUACACCAUUCACCUGAGGCAGCAUCUCUUUUUAUCUGACGAUUUCAGGAUUUACACGUACAGUCAGAAGGGGUCUUUGCACUCUGAUUCGUCCCAUAUGAAGGAUGAUUGCUACUACCGCGGAUAUAUCGAAGGCUUCCCAGGUUCAGCCGUGACUCUCAGUACCUGCUCUGGGCUCAGAGGCUUGCUGCAGUUUGAGAACGUGAGCUAUGGGAUUGAGCCUCUGGUUUAUUCACCUGCAUUUGAGCACUUCGUGUAUCAGAUGAGUAACGAGAACACAGCGGGUUUCCUCUUUGCAAAUGUCCACGCUGAGAGAGGGAAAGACAAGGUGACAGCAGAGGAGAUGAUCUUGAAGAUCAAUGAUGAUGAACCAGUAUCAGCUGCAGUAAUGUCUCCCAGAUACGUAGAAGUGUAUGUAGUUUUGGACAAGGCUUUGUACAACUAUAUGGGUUCAGACAGGAAUGUUGUGACACAAAGGAUAAUCCAGGUGUUUGGUUUUGUCAACAGUAUGUUUAAUCCUCUUAAUGUAACAAUUGUGCUCUCCUCCCUGGAGUUCUGGAUAGAUGAGAAUAAAAUUCCAACAGCAGGGGAAACAGAUGAAAUUCUACAGCAAUUUUUACAGUGGAAACAGUCCUACCUUGUUCUGCGGCCAUAUGACAUAGCUUAUUUAUUUGUGUAAGAUAAAAGUUUCUUUAGUAAUUAAAGCUAGUUGGUAGAAAUUAGUUAAACUGA